AUUUUUUUUAUUGUGAUAAUUAAAUUAAAAAAUAUAUUUUUUAUUUUUAUUAUUGUUAUUCAGGUGUAUUAUAGUGGUGUGUUAUAUCAAAUCAACAACAUAAGUUAGGAGUAACAAACAAAGAAUUUUGUUUACUUCUGCAAAAAAGAAAAAGAAAACAGAAAAUAACUUUAGUUGCAAAAUAAUAAAUCAACAUUAUUAUUGUUGUACAUAUACAAAACAUACACAUACAUACAAAAGUGUAAAAGAAUAAAUACUUAAUAAUAAUUACUUAAAAACUAAAAUUAAUUAAAAGUAAAAGAAGAUUAUUUGUAAAAAUAUUCGAGGUGAAUUUAGAUUUUGUGGUGUUUUUUUUAAAAGGUUGUUAGACCAACGGAAACGAAUACAAUUACAAUAAAAAUUCGAAAUAUAAUUUCAUUUUAAGAAAAUUAAAAAACAAAAAAAACUCCCAUAUUAAGGAAAAAAAUUCUUUAAUUUUCUUUUAAAUAUCAAAAAAUUAAAAAAUACAAUAUGGAACGUGAGAUAGGAUCGGUGGAAAAUAAUACACCGACAUCACAUGUUGUUGAAGAAUUAGAUUUAGAAACAAGACGUAAACAAUUGGUGCCACAAGAAUCAUCGCUUGCAACAAAAAGACAACAAGCUGUUUGUGUUAGAAGAGCAUUUAAAGUUUAUGGUACAAAAAAGAAUCCAAAUGUUGUCUUAGAAGGAUUAAAUAUGACAGUACCAAAGGGAUGCAUUUAUGGCCUCUUGGGUUCAUCUGGUUGCGGUAAGACAACACUUCUAGCAUGUAUUGUCGGUAGAAGAAGAUUAAAUUCCGGUGAAAUAUGGGUACUUGGUGGUACACCAGGUUCUCGCGGCUCUGGUGUACCAGGACCACGUAUUGGAUAUAUGCCACAGGAAGUUGCCUUAUAUGGUGAGUUUACAAUGAAAGAAACUCUAUUAUAUUUUGGUUGGAUGGCUGGUAUGGAAACUGAAAAAAUUGAAGCAAGAACUGAUUUUCUAUUAAAAUUAUUAAUGAUGCCACCUGGUAAUGGUUUUGUUAAAAAUUUAAGUGGUGGACAACAACGUCGUAUGAGUUUAGCAGCAGCACUUUUACAUGAACCUGAAUUAUUAAUUUUAGAUGAACCGACAGUUGGUGUUGAUCCAGUACUUAGACAAGGUAUUUGGGAUCAUUUGGUGGAUAUUACAAAAAAUGGUAAUACAACUGUGAUAAUUACAACACAUUAUAUAGAUGAAACAAAACAAGCUGGCACUAUUGGUUUAUUACGUGGUGGUAGAAUGUUAGCUGAAGAGACACCAGAAGCUCUAUUACGUAAACAUAAUACUGAUUCAUUAGAGACUGUAUUUUUAAAAUUAGCAAUUGCACAAAAUAUGGGAAAAAGAAGAAGAUCAUCAUUAGUACAAGAAGUUGUCGAUCAAGUUGGUAGACCAACAGCAGUAACAAAUCCAGCUUUAGAUUUAACUGAUGAAGAUGGUAUAGGUGAAAUAUCUGGUGAAUUUGGUGAUAAUGUAUCAACUUCAUCACAUGUUCGUGAUCAAGUAUCUGAAAAUGAAAAUUUACCAGCAAUGCCAUUACAAACAGAUAAUAUACCAACAUCAUUUUGGUAUAAUUUCAAAGUGAUGCAAUGGAAUCAUUUAUAUGCUUUGGCAUGGAAAAAUUUCUUAUGGAUGAUAAGAAAUCCUGGUGUUAUGUUAUUUAUAAUAGGAUUACCAGUAAUGCAAAUUAUUUUAUUUUGUAUGACAAUUGGACAUGAUCCAACCGGUUUAAAAUUAGCUAUAUCAAAUCAUGAAUUAAGUGAAAGUAUGAUUAAUGAUCAAUAUUGUCCAACAAUACCUGGAUGUAAUCAAACAUAUUUAAGUUGUCGAUUUUUAAAUAUGCUUGUAGAAAAUCGGAGUAUGGUUCUGAAAUAUUUCCCAGAUGAUGAUAGUGCUUUUGAAGAAGUUCGAAGAGGAAGAGCAUGGGGUGUUGUUGUAUUUGCAAAAAAUUAUUCAGAUUCAUUAGUUGAAAGAACCGAAUCGGGGCGAUCUGUAGAUGAUUAUACAAUUGAAUCAGCAGAAGUUGCUAUAAGAUUAGAUAUGUCGAAUCAACAAAUCAGCACCCUAUUAUAUCGUGAUAUUCAAUACACGUUCUUUGAUUUUGUUGAAGCUAUGUUAAUUGAUUGUGAUGUUAAUCCAAGAUUGGGACGUGUACCAGUUGAUUGGAAUACACCAAUAUAUGGUGAUAAAGAACCAAAUUUUACUGAUUUUGCAGCACCAGGUGUCAUUUUAACAAUUAUAUUUUUUUUAUCUGUUGCGAUAACAUCAGGUGCAAUGUUAAUUGAACGUAAUGAUGGUAUGUUAGAAAGAUGUCUUGUUGCUGGUAUAACUGGUCCAGAAAUAUUAGUAUCACAAAUUACAACACAAUUUACAUUAGUAUUGUGUCAAAUAUUUUGUGUAUUAUUAUUUAGUUUUUAUGUAUUUGAGGUAACAAUACAAGGUGAUUUAGGUUUAGUUGUAUUAUUAUGUAUAUUAAAUGGUUUAUGUGGUAUGUCAUUUGGUUUUGUAAUUGCAUGUGCUGUUGAUACUGAACGUACAGCAACAUAUGUUGCAAUGGGUAGUUUUCUACCAAUGAUCAUGUUAUGUGGUAUUAUUUGGCCAAUUGAAGGAAUGUAUCCGAUAUUACAAUUUUCAUCAUUCUUUUUACCAUUAACAAAACCAACAGAAUCAUUACGUGCAAUAUUACAAAAAGGUUGGGGUAUGUCACAACCAUCUGUAUAUAAUGGUUAUAUAUCAAUAACAAUAUGGGUACUAAUAUUUCUUGCAUUUACAACAUAUUUAUUAAAAUUCAAGAAAGGAUAAAUGAAUACAGUGAAAAAAAGAAAAAAUUAAACUAUGACUGUUUUUUUGCAAAUUAUGUGUGUAUACUUUAUGUGUAUAUGUAAGAAAUAGUUUAAAUCCUUAUGUGAAAAAAAUUAGAGAAAAAAAUUGUGUUUUUUUUUCACAUAUUUGAUUGUUAAGUGUAAAAAUUUAUUUAUUUUUAAAGUCGAAAUAAAAUAUAAAUAAAUACAGGGUCUCAAUUAAUUAAAAUGAAAAUAUGAAAUUUUAAUAAAUUUUUCAUUUAUUUACGAUAAUAUUAAUUACGAUAUAAAUAUUUAUAAUUUACGAUAUAAUUACGAUAACAUGCUCAAAAUUGUUCUAAUAAAAUCGUAAUAUUCACUGAAAUUAAUGCUCUUAUGAA